AUGUUCGAAGGACUACCUCGUGAAUACGAUGUUAUCGUUGUUGGGACAGGUAUGGUCGAGAGUAUUCUCGCAGCUGCUUGUGCUCGUAAUGGAAAGACUGUAUUACAUAUUGAUACAAAUGAAUAUUAUGGUGCAGAAUGGGCAUCAUUCUCAUUAAAUGGUUUAAUAGAAUGGACACAAAUGCAGGAGAAUCCGAAAAUAGAUAUUGAUCCACAGGAUGAUAAUGAAAAGAUUUUACCAAUUGGUAAUCCACUGAAUGUUUUUCGUAAUGUCGAACUCAAAUGGAAUAUCGAAAAAACUAAUGAACAAACAACAACAACUGAAAAUGAAUCGACAAAACCUAUUACAUUAGAUGUAUUGGAAAAACAAUCGAGAAAAUUUAAUAUUGAUUUAACACCAAAACUUUAUUAUGCAUCGGGUGGUCUUAUCGAUCUACUUGUUCAAUCGAAUGUGGGAAAAUAUUGUGAAUUUAAACUUGUUUCUCGUCUUUUAUUUGAACGUAAUGGACAAAUUGAUAACGUACCUAGUUCACGAGCUGAUAUAUUUAAUUCAAAUGAUAUUAGUCUUAUUGACAAACGUUUAUUGAUGAAAGUAAUUAUGAAUUGUUCAUCAAUGGCAGUUGAAGAUUUGAAUGAAGAACACGACAUUCCAUUUAUUGAAUAUUUAAAAAAACAAAAAUUAAAUGAUACACUCUGUCAUUUAAUUAUUAAUUCAAUUUCAAUGGUUGAUUAUAAUGCAUCAACAAAAGAAGGUAUUAUUAAAGCUAAGCGAUAUUUAGAUUCAAUUGGUCGUUAUGGUAAUUCACCAUUUCUUUAUCCAUUGUAUGGUAAUGGUGAAAUGUGUCAAUGUUUUUGUCGUUUAUGUGCUGUUUUUGGUGGUUUUUAUUUUCUACGUUUUCCAUUAGCUGGAUUUACUAUUGAUUCAUUAAAUAAUCAAUGUACUGGUAUUGUAUCAACAACAGGAGAAAGAUUUCGUGCAAAAGAUAUGGUUAUUUGUAAUAAUUCAUUUCUGGAAUUAAUAUCAUCAAAUAAAAAUGUUAUUCAUCGAACUGUUUUAUUUACAAAUAAAUCAAUUCAAUCAAGUGAAAAAGAAGAAGUGACUUAUCUUCGUUUAAGUGCUCAGAAUAAAACUGGAAUUCAUAUUAUUGAAGUUGGCUUUGGACCUGGAUGUGCACCAGAUGGAUUUUUUCUUCUAUAUAUUUUUCAAGAAAGUUCAUCCGAGAAUACUGAUGAAAUUAUCGAACAAUUGCUACGUUUAACAGGAGAUAAUUUCACUCGAGAUAAUAUUCUCGGUCAAUUAACAUUUGAUCAAGUAGACACAAUGUCAACAUCUUCAUCAUCAUCAACACUUUCAAAACUUAUAGUUACUCAUGGACCUGAUGGUUCAAUUGAUCAUGAUAGUGCUGUUGAAGCGGCUCGAAAUCUUUUUUAUGAAAUAUAUUCGAACCGCGAAGAAUUUUUAGCACGUGCACCUGAUCCAGAAGAUAUUAUAAUUGAAGGUACUGACAAUACAGAUGAAACUAACAAUACAGAUGAAACUUCUACAACAAAUACAGCUACUGAUGAUACUUUAGCAACAAAGACAAGUACAGAUACCGAAGCUUUGUGA